CUUUCUCUUUCAAACUCUGCAAAUGCUGCGAGAGGAGGAAAGCACAUUUAUUGGUCUGGAACACAAAUACAUUUAUUUAAACAAGUGUAAGGAAAAGCAAUGAGAAAACUGUAGCUAUUUUAUUACCAGAAUUAGCUGUAAAAUUUGAUAAACUGGACUAGUGACUCAAAACGCAAUUAUCUCAACAAAACCAGUGACGUCUGACCACGUCCUGAAGAUUGCUCCUUCUGAGAAGUUUUACAAUCAGACCAAGUUCCCAUGAGGAUGCAGGUUCUCUCAUUCUGCCAUAGCACCACAGCCAGAUGCUCUCUGCCUGAUUUGAUUAUUUUCUUCAUUACUUGUUCUCUUCACAGGUUGGAAUCAGCUCGUUUUAAAGUGGUUGGACCUGACCAGCCUGUCAUUGCCACUGUGGGAGAAGAGAUUGUGUUACCCUGUCACCUGUCCCCCAAGAUGAGCGCUGAGAACAUGGAGGUGACGUGGUUCCGGUCCCAACUCUCUCCAUUUGUUCAUCGCUAUAGUGAUGGAAAGGACCAGUAUGGGCAGCAGAUGUCAGAAUAUCAGCGGAGGACAGAGCUCUUUAAAGAUGGUAUCACCGAUGGAAAUGUUGCCUUGAGAAUUUUCAAUAUCAGACCUUCUGAUGAAGGACAGUAUAGCUGUUUUGUUCAAGAGGGUAUGGAUUAUGAAGAAGCCCUAUUGGAACUAAAGGUGUCAGCUUCAGGCACUGCUCCUCACAUCUCUGUUGAGGAUUAUCAGGAUGGAGGGAUCCGGGUGGUGUGUCGAUCGGUUGGCUGGUACCCACAGCCUGAGGUGCUGUGGAGAGAUGCCAGUGGACAGCAUUUACCAUCGCUCUCUGAAACAAAUUCCAAAGAAGCCAAUGAGCUGUUUGACAUUGAAAAUUCCAUCGUUAUUACAGAGAAUUCACACCAGAACUUGUCUUGCGUAGUCAAGAGCACCCACACCAACCAAAAAAAGGAAUCAACAUUAUUUUAUAUAUCAGCUGCCUUUUUCCCAAAGGCGAAUCCAUGGAUGGUGGCUCUGUCGGUGAUCCUGAUGAUUUUCGCAUGUUUCAUUGGUAUCACUAUUUAUUUAUUUAAAAUAAAAGGGAAACUUACUGCAGAGCUUGGCUGGAGAAAGCUUGCUGCCCCUCUGGAAAAAGAGAAUGUGACUCUGGAUCCAGACACAGUUCAUCCCCAUCUUCUCCUGUCUGUGGAUUGCAAAAGUGUUAAACGGCUAUUCACACGGCUGGAUUGCCUCGACAAUCCUAAGAGAUUUGAAUAUGAACGUUGUGUGCUGGGCUACGAGGGGUUCAACUCAGGGAGACAUUACUGGGAGGUGGAGGUGGGACAUGGGGGAUACUGGGCUGUGGGGAUCGCUAGAGAGUCUGUGAGGAGGAAAGGAGAGAUCAUAUUUAGCACUGAGGAGGGGAUCUGGGCUGUGGGCCAUUGGGGGAAUCAGUACCUCGCUGUCACUUCUCCUCGCUCCCCAUUGGCCCUGAAGCAGGUGCCCAAGAGGAUCCGGGUUUCUCUGGACUAUGAAGUGGGGAAGGUGGCAUUUUUUGAUGCUGAUAAAGGGGUACUGAUAUUCACUUUCCCACCGGCUUCCUUUGCUGGGGAGAAAAUCCACCCUUGGCUCUGGGUCUGGGAUUUGCAAUCACAGCUCAGACUGUGUCCCUGAGACACAGGAAGAAAUACCCCUCUGGGACACUUGUCAUCAGCCAGUCUAGCCUCACACAUCCUCAUCCUAAGAUGCUGGAGGUCUCCAAUGUUUCUGCAGAGCCUGUAAUGCACAGUUUCUAUAAACCUGGGAGAGGGGUGGUGUCCCUGGAUUUAAGAGCCAUUGAGAGCAGAGAUGGAGGAAGACAAGCCAAUUUCCUUGGUCCUAAGAUUGUGCAGCCUGUCUGUCACUAGCCUCUGCAAUCCAAGAGAACUCUAGCCACUGGUCAGGUUAGUAGCUAAGGGUGUGUCUACACUGCAGCGUGUGCUCCAUCCUGCCUUGCAGGCAUGUGCACACAUUAGUCAAGUCCACUUGUAAAAGUCCACACUGCCGAGCUGCACAUGAUCCGUACCCCAUACACGUGUGUUGACAUGAAUGCUGUAGUUUCGUGUCUGGCACUAGGAUUUCUAGGGACAUGGAGUGCACAUUUGGCAGGCUGAAGGCAAUAUGGUGCCACCUACAGACCAUUUGGACACCAACAUAGCCAGUGCCAUCCAUAUGGCUGUGGUCUGCUGUGCUCUGCCUAGCAUCUGCGAGGAGAAAGACACUGCUGGUUUGCAGUCCCAUACAGACAUCCAGAAUGUGCACCUGUCAUCCAGGGGUGCUGGAAUGGGGAGUCAGGGGUCCAUGGCCCCAUCACUUUUAAAAAUGGGGGACUAUGCCCUCCAACUUUUAACAAGCCGUAAGAGCAAGUGAUGGGGGGGCAGAGAGGAGUGAGCAGGGGUAGGGCCUUACGGGGCAGAGGUGGUGUGAGGGUGGGGGCUCAGGAGGAAGGGGUGAUGUGGGAGCAGGGCGUUGGGAGAAGGGGUAGUGGGGGAGGGCAGGGCCAGAGUUCAGGUGCCGGUGGCCCCCCACACUUUUAUGGAGCUUCCAUCGCUCCUGCUGUCAUCACAGAGGUUGGGUCCAGGUGAACAAGGGAAACAAGGGAUGGCUUACACACCUACAUCCUUGCAGCACUGGGUGAUGUGGAGAUGUGAUGAGGGACUGUAAUGCUGUACAUUGGCAUUGUGUCUGUUUCCUAUGUGCUGAUUUGCUCUUGGUUAUUUGCUGUUGCUUUUAAAAGAAUCUGAUAUUUUAUUUAAAAUCUUUGGAUACAA